AAAAAAAAUAUUUAUUCGUUCUUUAUUCUAUUUCAAUUUAUUCUUUUUUUUUUGACGUUAUUUUCAUUCUGUAAAUUACUUUUUACUUUUGUCAUACUCUUUUUUUUUUGUAUUGUUUUUGGUCUUUUUAUAGACUAGAUCAAUCCCUCCAUUUCAGAUGCCAAGAAAGUCAUUGUUCAGAGGAAAUCGACAAAACAAUGAACAAAUAUCAUCACCAAUAACGAAACCAAUUACAACAAAUACGGUUAUGAAUUCUUGGACGGAAGCAGCACUGGAAAAGGCAAAUACAGCGGUACUAUAUGAUUAUACUGGUUCUCCUAAACCUGCCCUGGAUGCUUAUAAGGAAGCUAUUGAUUUACUUGAUAAAGUUUUCGGAUCGGCUACUGAAUCUGACGAUCAGUCUAGAUUAAAGAAAAUUUAUGAUUCUUAUUUAGAACGUGUAGCUAUUUUGACUCGACAACUUCAAAAACAUGAUGAAUUGGAUGAUUCUAUUACUAUCCCUAUCGCUCAUACACCAAAAGUAUCAUUACCACCUCUACCUCCAAAACCAUCCACUUCUUCUUCAACAAAAUCUACUCGUUCUCAACAUCAUCGUCGUCCACCAUCUUUGAUUCUUAACGAUUCACAGAAUUAUCAAAAGGAUAUUCAACCUCCUACACCAAAUUCUAAUAAUUCAACUUUUUAUUUCGAUUCUAAAACACCUCAUACACCACCUCCACCAUUGCCCAGUAAAUCGCCAAAAGUAUUACCUCCCAAAUCACCUUCUGGAUCUCUUUUUGGUUCUAUAUUUAUGAAAAAGCAAUCAAGCAAAGAAUCUGUGAAACCAAAAACAGCCAAUCCCGUCUUCUCUAUGCCUACUCCUUCCAAAAGUACUCCUACUUUGUCUAUGAAUCGAUCUACAUUAUCGUGGAAAAAGAAUGGAUCAAAAAAGAAACAACGACGUUCUAUUGAAUUGGAUUCAGGCAAUCAUUCACCAUUUAGUGCUUCUCAAAUUGAAUUACCUUCUUUGGAAUUACCCAAUGUUGAUAUACCCAAGGAUGAUGAUUAUUUUGAUUUGCAAUCGAACACAGAAACUAAAAAUAUGCUUUAUUCAAGACCUGAAUCCAUGUUAACCUCCUUGCGCGAUCUACACGAGAAAGCCAAUGAUAUUCCAACUCAUGAAGAUGUUAUCGACCAUUCUUAUAAUGACAACAACAAUAUAACCAGCGUAUCUAGAACAAAUAGUGUCCAUAAAAAUCAACAACAACAACAAUUAUUUUCUUCUGCUUCUUCUGUUAUGACUACCAACUCAUCCUUUACACGAUCCAUUUAUUCACCUACACGAUCAUCAUUUUACUCCAAUUCAUUCUCAUACAAAGAUGAUGACGAAUAUUCUAUCAUUUCCAGCAAAUAUCCUCCAGCUCAGUCAUUUCUGUUUUCUGAUACCAAUAUGAAUAACACUACAUCGUCCUUCUUCACUACUGGAUCUACCGAUAUUGCUAUGGAAAGUUUGGCGAAGGUCCUUGCCGAAUCUGCUGCUACAAUGCCUGAUCGCUCAAAACGUACAAAUGGUACCGUUGCUCCUUCCAUUCCUGCUGUAAUUGAAGAACCAGAACCUGAAUUAUCAUCAUCUUCUUCUUUGACUGCCAAUAUUACCGCCAAUUUCCUGGAUACUCCUUAUGGUCAUCAACAACAAUCUGGUCUUAGUCGAUCACCCAGUGCCAAAAGUGUCUCAUCAGCAAAAUCCCGUGGAUCUUCACAUGGUAGCAAUGAAAGUAAUAACAACAACCUCAAGGAAGAACUUUAUUCAUCAUCAUCACCAUCUACACCAUCUGGUACCAAGGACCGUUCUUUUUGGACCAAACGAAGCAAACCAACCAAGCAAAAAACUUUGAAGACAGUACCACCUUUGCAUCUUGAUCAUCACAAGAGCCAUGAAUCACAGCAUGGACGAUCAGUAGAAUCAACACCUUCGACACCAAAAUCAACAACCACAUCAGUUAGUUUAUCUUUAUUGUCACCAACUAUGUCAUUAGGAUCAGCCGCAACUACAACAUCAUCUAAAAGACUUAUGACCCAUUAUUCUCACGCUUUUGGAGUGUAUGUAGAUACAGCAAUGAAGAAUAAAGGAAUUGAUGUCAGUGUUGCAUUGGAAUCGACAACUAGCAAUAAGGAAUGCAAACAACCAAAGUUGAUGGCCAGACUAUUGCAAAGUAUGGAAGAAGGCGGAUAUAUCACUGAUCGAAUUCAUGCACCCAAACAAUUAUGGUAUCAAACCCAGGUCAGGUUACCUUCAAUUGAUGCCAAAAUCUCAUCAUGUGAACAGAUUUUAGCUUUGUUACAACAUAUGCAUUCUCUUACACAAUUCCUCGACGUACAACAACAAAAACAACAAAAACAAAGAGAUGCCGCCACGGAAGGAUUACAUGACCUUGUACGCCUAGAACAGAUAUUGGAUCAAAUCAAACAAACUUUUGGGAAGGCUCAUUAUGAUCAUUCUAAACCAGGUAACUCGACUACGACAUUCACUUCUCAGCAUCAGCAACAUUCAUCAUCACCAACAUACCAAGCAUCAUCAGCAUUAUCAUCAUUAACUCCAUCAUUCUCGUCGACCAAAAUAGUAACAGCAACAACAACAAAUUCAUUAUCACAAGAUCAAUCACUUCAAUCGAAACCCACGAACUCAAUCAAGGACCCUGUGACUACCUGGAGUAGUAAACUAUCCAAAUCUGUAGAACGGAUGAAAAUAGAGACCAAAUCUUCUGAAGAACAAAUUCAUGCUUAUAUCCAAACAUUGAUCCGAUUAUUUUCUAUGACCACUGUAUUAGAUGAAUGGCGGGACCAGUGUAUGGAAAUGACUCACACUAUGUCGAUGGACAAAGCGUAUGUGUAUGAUCAACUCUUACAGAAAACCAUGAUGUGUAGUGGCACUUUACAUACUGUGGUGUGUGGUUUUGUGAUGCGUGAUUUCGCCAUUUUGUUGAACAAAUGGUUAAAACGUCACCGUGAAUGGAUGUGGGAUGAUUGACAUUAGUAUAUAUAUAUUAUCUCAUUCAGUUAUUUUUAGAUGUAGUUAUAGUAUCUUUUAUUUUUUUAUUUCUUUCUCAUCCAAUUGACCCUAUCUUUAUUUUAUCUUACAUUGAAAUAUACAUAUAUAUAUAUACAUAUUGACAUAUUUAACGUUUAUUUUAUCCCUUUUUUGUUGAUUAUAAUAAAGAAUAUGAAG